AUGAGCAGCAGCGGGAACGAGUCGAUGGGCCUCGAAGGAGGCGACAUCUGGGGCGAGAUCGAGCCCGAGAUCCUGGGCAUGACCAACGACGAGCUCAAGCAGCGCAUCCGCCUCCUCGACAACGAGAUCCGCAUCAUGCGCUCCGACAUCACGCGCAUCAACCACGAGAGCUCGAGCCAGCGCGAGCGCAUCAAGGAGAACAACGAGAAGGUCAAGCUCAACAAGCAACUGCCGUACCUCGUCGGCAACGUCGUCGAGAUCCUCGAGAUGGAGAACGAGGACGACGAGCAGGAUGGCGCGGCCACCGACACGGACGCGGCGCGCAAGGGUAAGAGCGCGGUCAUCAAGACGUCGACGCGCCAAACCAUCUUUUUGAGCAUCCCGGGCCUGGUCGACACGGAGAAGCUCGUGCCCAACGACCUCGUGGGCACCAACAAGGACAGCUACCUCAUCUUGGAGAAGCUGCCCGCCGAGUACGACUCGCGCGUCAAGGCCAUGGAGGUCGACGAAAAGCCCACGGAAGACUACAGCGACAUUGGUGGCCUCGACAAGCAGAUCCAAGAGCUCGUCGAAGCCGUUGUGCUGCCCAUGACGCACAAGGAGCGCUUCGAAGCCAUCGGCAUCACGCCGCCCAAGGGCGUCUUGCUCCAUGGCCCGCCGGGUACAGGCAAGACGCUGCUCGCGCGUGCUUGUGCCAAGCAGACGGAUGCCAUUUUCCUCAAGCUCGCGGCCCCGCAGCUCGUCCAGAUGUUUAUCGGUGACGGCGCCAAGCUCGUCCGCGACGCCUUUGAGCUUGCAAAGGAGAAGUGCAAAGACAAGGACAAGGGCGGCGCCAUCAUCUUCAUCGAUGAGUUGGACGCCAUUGGUACAAAGCGUUUUGGUGGCGAGCAGUCAGGCGACCGCGAAGUCCAGCGCACGAUGCUCGAGCUCUUGAACCAGCUCGACGGUUUUACGAGCAACACGAAGAUCAAGGUCAUUGCUGCCACGAACCGACCGGACGUGCUCGACCCGGCGCUCCUGCGUUCGGGUCGUUUGGACCGCAAGAUCGAACUGCCCCACCCGACAGAAGAAGCCCGUGCGCGCAUUCUCCAGAUCCAUUCGCGCAAGAUGAACGUCGACACGGACGACGUCAACUUUGACGAGCUCGCGCGCUGUACGGACGACUUUAACGGCGCACAGCUCAAGGCGGUGUGCGUCGAGGCUGGUAUGCUUGCGCUGCGUCGGGAGGCCACGAUCAUCAAGCACGAAGACUUUAUGGAGGGCAUUGGCGUCGUGUCGGCCAAGAAGAAGGCGACGCUGCAGUACUACGCGUAA